UCAACUUUUAAGUAGUAGAAGAUCAAAGUUUCUUUUUGUCUCUCAUACUUUCUCUUACAUUUAUUGAAAAUUUGACUACCUACUUAUAUUAUUUAAGCAAUGGCAUCAGUUCAAGAAAUCCGUGAUGCCCAAAGAGCCGAUGGUCCAGCAACCAUCCUAUCCAUCGGAACCGCCAAUCCUCCAAAUGAAAUGUACCAGGCGGAGUACCCUGACUUCUACUUCCGUGUUACCGAGAGUGAGCAUAUGACUGAUCUCAAGAAGAAGUUUAAGCGCAUGUGCGAAAGGUCAAUGAUCAAGAAGCGGUACAUGCACGUAACUGAAGAAUUAUUGAAAGAGAACCCACACAUGUGUGAUUACAAUGCCUCAUCCUUAAACACUCGCCAAGACAUUCUCGCAACCGAGGUGCCUAAACUCGGAAAAGAGGCAGCGAUUAAGGCCAUCAAAGAGUGGGGACAACCGCGGUCCAAGAUCACCCAUGUCAUUUUCUGCACCACCUCCGGUGUUGAUAUGCCCGGGGCUGAUUACCAGCUUACAAAACUUCUAGGCCUCCGACCCUCGGUCAAGCGCUUCAUGCUCUACCAGCAGGGUUGCUAUGCUGGUGGUACAGUCCUCCGCCUUGCAAAAGACAUUGCAGAGAACAACCGUGGAGCUCGUGUGCUGGUGGUUUGUGCUGAGAUCACUGUCAUUUGUUUCCGUGGGCCUACGGAAACCCACUUGGACUCCAUGAUAGGCCAAGCACUCUUUGGCGAUGGAGCCGGUGCUGUUAUUGUGGGUGCUGACCUUGAUGAGACCAUCGAGCGGCCCAUCUUUCAGCUUAUUUGGGCUGCUCAGACUAUACUCCCUGACUCUGAGGGAGCCAUCGACGGACACUUGCGUGAAGUAGGGUUAGCCUUCCAUCUACUCAAGGAUGUCCCUGGACUGAUCUCUAAGAACAUUGAGAAAGCCCUAGUUGAGGCAUUCAAACCAAUAGGGAUCGAGGAUUGGAACUCGAUCUUUUGGGUGGCACACCCUGGUGGUCCUGCAAUACUAGACCAAGUUGAAUCCAAACUCGAACUCAAGCAAGAUAAACUCAGGAAUACUAGGCAUGUACUAAGCGAGUUUGGAAACAUGUCUAGUGCUUGUGUGUUGUUUAUAUUGGAUGAGAUGAGGAAUAGGUCAUUGAAAGAAGGUAAGACUACCACCGGAGAAGGCCUAGAUUGGGGUGUCUUGUUCGGGUUCGGGCCUGGUCUUACCGUGGAAACUGUCAUGCUUCAUAGUGUUCCUAUAACUAAUUAAGCAACAUGGUACGGUACAUGUGCUCACAACUUCACACUUAUCCUUCAAUUUUUUUUUUAGCAUUGAAUAAUCGCUACAUAUGCAGAUUUGCUAGUAGCUCUUUUGUAUUGCUUUCUAAGAUAUGUAUAUGUUGGUAUAAUAAGAUCAAAUUUUUAAUUUUUUUGUACAUGUAUUUAUAGCCAAAUGUUAUAAUAAUAAUGUUAUUUUGGGAUGAUCGAUUUAGAUGGAACUACAUCGCAAACAAAAAGAAUCUCAAUGUAACAUUUUGUAAACAAUCAAAUAAUUAAGUAAUGGAUCUAACUUUAUAGAUUUGCUAUUUAUUCCAGCUAUAAUGAAGUAUAUUCAUAGACGUGUUGAUCAACACAAG